UCAAACCGGUGACGCUCUUCAGUAUUUUUUUAAUUUUGAGUGUAAAUUCGCGGUGUCAGCGUUUAAAUUAUUUAUAAUUAAUUAGUGUAGGUUGUAAUUAGUGAGUGUGCAUAUAAAUUAGUGUCGGGAAAGUGUUAAUUGUGCAAAUAAAAUAUAAAAUUCAAAGUGAAAAAUUUAGAUGUUGCCGGCAGCUGACUCAUCGAUUAUGAGGUCUUAGUGAAAAUAAGUGAACAAAAAAAUUACCUGAAUGCAUAAGCGAAUGCCAUUACUGCAUCGGAGACAAAUUGCAGCUGAUCUUCAAAUGCUGUGUUCUGCUUGUUUCAGAUGAGUAAGUCAGCGAAGAUAAACAUCCGUCUGCCGAUAACAUCGACCUCUACUACUUGCAGCCUCUCUAACCAGCCUCGACUAAGUAAUAUCAUGACAUUUACCGCUGAUACAAAGUCGUGUCGUCGAUAAGAAUGUUUCCAGCAACGGUAAGAAAAGUUAAUUUACGCAAUAAUGGCAAACUUGGUAGCAACAGAUGCCGUGAGGAGUAAUUUUAAUUCAAAAGAACGAUGGAGAAUUUUAAAAAACAUCAUAAUGAUUGGGAUUGCAUUUAUGAUUCAUUUCACGGCAUUCAUGGGUGCAAGUAACCUCCAGAGUUCGAUAAAUGCCGACCAAUCACUCGGUACAUUCACACUGGCCUCUAUCUAUGGAAGUCUUAUAGUCAGUAAUAUUUUCUUACCUGUGCUUAUAAUAAGUUGGUUAGGAUGUAAAUGGACAAUUUCACUGUCAUUUAUUGCAUAUAUUCCGUUUAUAGCAACGCAGUUUUACCCAAAGUUCAUGACAAUGAUUCCAGCUGGGCUGGCCGUUGGAUUAGGCGGCGGGCCAUUAUGGUGUGCUAAGUGUACAUAUUUAACGGUAGUUUCAGAAGCUUAUGCAACAAUAUCUGAGCUUGGAGCUGAUGUUCUUGUUACCAGAUUUUUUGGAAUGUUUUUUAUGUUUUAUCAAAUGGCGCAGGUCUGGGGUAAUCUGAUUUCUUCAGCUGUAUUAUCUUACGGCAAAGGAGAUUUGCCAUUCGUAGAAUUGAACAGCACAAAAGUAUCUGAAAUAUGUGGAGCUAAUUUUUGUCAAAUAGUUGAAGAAAAUCCCAAUUUAGCUCCACCGCCAGUCGAGCGAAUCCAUUUAAUAUCCGGAAUUUAUCUUGGCUGUAUGGUCCUGGCGUCUCUGAUUGUCGCGUUUGGAGUUGAUUCUUUAUCAAGGUACGAUAAGGGUAGAACUGGAUCAGCAACCGGACAAUCGGGACUCAAAUUGCUCGCCGUAACAUUGAAACUGUUGAAAGAAAAACGUCAGUUACUUAUAUUGCCGAUAACUAUUUUUAUCGGAGCAGAACAAGCGUUUUUAUUCGCUGAUUACAAUGCAUCAUUCGUUUCGUGCGCAUAUGGAAUAAGCAACAUCGGUUUUGUCAUGAUUUGUUAUGGUGUCGCAAAUGCAGUCGCUGCCUUAGCAACUGGAUCAAUUGUCAAACUGACAGGACGGAUUCCAGUUGUUGUCUUUGCGUUUCUACUUCACUUGCUCCUAAUAAUAGCACUUUUGUUUUGGAAACCUACUCCAGAACAGGGCAUCAUAUUUUACCUCAUGUCGGGACUGUGGGGGAUCUGCGAUGCAAUUUGGCUGGUCCAAGUUAAUGCUUUAAGUGGAAUCCUGUUUCCUGGAAUGGAAGAAGCGGCGUACUCUAACUUCCGACUCUGGGAAGCCACUGGUUCAGUUAUUGCGUACUCUUAUAGCUCUUAUUUAUGCACCAGCACUAAAUUGUAUUUACUCAUCGGUAUUUUAAUAAUCGGGGUCGUAGGUUACGGUAUUAUUGAGUUUACAGGAACUAUUUCUAAAGUUAUUUUAGUCGACCCGAAAACUGACUUCCAACUAGUGAACAGUCGCGAGCCCGCUAAUCGAAAUUAAUUCAAAAUUUAACUUAAAAAAUUUUUAAUGAUGUGUUAAUUUUUUUCAUUAUCUUUAAUUACAACUUGAUUUUUUUUUGUAUGUACGUAAUUUAUUUUCAUUUUCCGAUGGUACAAAUAACUGGGGUAAAAAGGGUCACCCGAAAAAAAUUUUGAAAAAAGUAAAUUAAAGUUUUUUUUGUUUAAUUCAAAAUUACUAUGAAAUUUUGAACAGUAAGAAGUACCUAGAUAUACAAAUACAUGAAGUGAUCGGGUACUAAGUCUCUUACCUUACUAUCAAUGAAUAAAAUAUAUCUGCAAAUAAUUCAUUCAAAUCCAAUAUAUAGAACUUACCUCGUUAAUAAAAAUUUCAUUAUGAAUUGACAAUAAUUUUGAAUAAUUCAAUGAAAUGAUUCUAUAAAUAUCAAUAAAUACAUCUAAUAAUUUUCUCAAUCGGAAAAUAAAUUAAUUAUUCAACAUUCGAUAUAAUGAUAAUAAUAAUUUUAGUCUCAAUAAUAAAACAAAGUUAAAACUUCUUAAUUAUUAAAAUAAUUUAAAAUCCAUUCCGUUUAAAAUUAUAAUUUUUCAGUUAAACAUUUAUCAGAUCUGAUCAAUCUUGCAGAUGAAUCUUCCUUGCAGUAUAUAUAUAAAUAUCGCGCUAUCGAAAAUGUGUUGCUCUCAAUAAUGAACGAGGAGUAUUUUUAAAUAUUUUGUAAUAAUUUUUGGUCAAUGUUUCAGGAACAGUUUUCAUUCAAUUCAAAAAAAUAAUUUUUUCUACAGAAAUUGAAAUCCUGCGUACCAUUGGCCUGGAUUCGAAUUUCGAUAUAUAUCGACCUAGAAAAAGUCUAUCUUUCAAUCAGGAAAAAUUUUUCAUUUUUUAGUUUUCUCUUUUAGUUUAAUUUUCAUUAUUUUGAAUUUUUUUAAAUUUCCCGCCUUUUUUUCAAAAUGUCGCUUUUCAUUUUUUAAUCUUACUGACCCACCAGCGCUGCUUCCAGUAGUUGGUAAAGAAGAAAAAAAAUACUAACAAUAAAAAUCAAAAAUGGCGGCUGAAUUUUUCAUGAAUUACAGGAGAUAAAUUUUUAAUUUUUACUUAAUUACAAUUAAACAAGAAAGAUUUAGAUAAUAAUUUUUCAUAGGGUCCUUGCGACAAGUGAUACAGAGCCACAAAAAAAAAUCAGGCCAUUCUAUUAUAUUUUUUAGAAGUUAUCGUGGUUCCGAAUUCGCGCGUAACAACCGACUGCGCUGGUUUUUCGAAUUAAAAUAGAUUAUUUUCGACCAAUCGAAUCAUUAAUCGAUUAAUUACCGGAUCGAUAUCAUUACUUAGUAAAUUAUCUUUGUACUAGUAUACAACUAAAGCCAUUUGACUGCAAUUCAAAAGUGUAGAGACGAUUUAUCGUCAGUGAAUCAGUCGAAAAAAUUAAGCCGAUCGUAAGCGCACGCGCUUUCGUACUUCAGGCGUGCAAUUGAUAAAAAAAUUAUAUCAAAUAGGGUAGGGGAUCACUUAUGACGACUUAUAUUAAUAUAAAUAACUUAAAUUAUUUUUUUUUAUAUUAUUUAUAAUCGUAAUUAAUAUUAAUAUAUACUUAUAUAAGUAAUAAAAAAAAAUGAAUGAGGUAUAUAGUAAAGAGAGGAUUUGUUAAUGUUUUUUUUUUUUUUUUCAUUGUUAAAUUGAUUUUAUAAUAUUGUGUAACAGUCUAUUUAAAUAUAUAUUUAUGUACAAUGUGUAUGUAAGUGAUUUAUUUAUUAAUGAAUUAUUGACGAUUGUUUUUAUUUAUUUCGCUGAAAACUGUUACGAAACAUUAGCCCAUGUUUAUUUAUUUAUUUAAUAUUAUUAUUGUUAAUUAAUUAAUUAAUUAAUUUAAUUUUUCUUGGUUUAAAUGUCUCCUAGAAAUAUGACACUGACACUCAUAAAUACGUGUUUGAAUUUUUAAUACUCAUAUCAAUACUCUUAUAAUGAGCUACAAGUUAUUCAUGUUUUUUUUUUUGGUUUUUUUUUUUUUUUUUUUUUUUUUUUUUUACGAAGAAAA